CGCAAUCCUCCUUUGCUGGUCAAUGAUCUGUUUGAAGAUAUCAAGGAUGGAGUAAUGCUUAUUGCCCUUUUGGAGGUUCUUUCAGGGCAGAAGCUGCCUUGUGAACAGGGACGUCAGCUGAAGAGAAUUCACUGGGUUGCCAACAUUGGUACAGCUCUUAAGUUUCUAGAAGGAAGACGGAUAAAGCUUGUGAACAUCAACUCAACUGAUAUUGCUGAUGGCAGGCCUUCUAUUGUGCUUGGCUUGGUGUGGACCAUAAUUUUGUAUUUUCAGAUUGAAGAGCUUACCAGCAACCUCCCACAGCUGCAGUCCUUGUCUAGCAGCGCUUCUUCUGUGGAGAGUGUUGUCAGUUCAGAAACUGCAAGUCCCCCAAGCAAACGGAAGGUGGUAACCAAGGUCCAAGGAAGUGCCAGGAAGGCUUUGUUAAAAUGGAUACAGUACACAGCAGCAAAGCAAGUUGGAAUUGAAAUCAAAGAUUUUGGACAAAGUUGGAGGAGUGGUGUGGCAUUUCAUUCUGUUAUUCAUGCUAUUCGCCCAGAUUUAGUGGACAUGGAGAAAGUGAGAGGAAGGUCAAAUAGAGAAAACCUGGAAGAAGCCUUCACACUCGCAGAAGCAGAGUUAGGAAUUCCAAGGCUGCUUGAUCCAGAAGAUGUGGAUGUUGACAAGCCAGAUGAAAAGUCUAUCAUGACUUACGUAGCGCAGUUUUUGAAGUACUAUCCUGAUCCUCAUCAUACAGUGACUGAUGUGCAGGAGAAUGAUGAACUUCAAGCAGUCCCAACUUUUCUCAUUUCUUUUAUGAAAUUUAAGAGAGAAGACAGACUGAUGCUGAGAGACCUGAAAGUGUGGGCAGAACAAUUUGAAAGAGACAUAGCCCGAGCACAAGUGGUGGAAACGAGCCCACAGGAGAAAUACCAGUCAUUUAAGCAUUUCAGAGUACAGUAUGAGGUAAAAAGGAAACAGAUUGAACUUGUAACCCAGUCAUUAAGGAAAGAUGGUAAAUUAUCACUUGAUCAAGCUAUGGUGAAGCAAGCAUGGGACAGAGUUUCUUCCAGGCUACUUGAUUGGCACAUACACCUUGAUAAAUCUCUUCCUGCACCUUUGGGUACCAUAGGUGCUUGGCUCUAUAGAGCAGAGGCUGCUCUGAGGGAAGAAAUAACCCUUCACCAAGCUCAUGAGGAAACAGCAAAUACAAUACACCGGAAGCUUGAACAGCAUAAGGAUCUGCUGAAAAGCAUAGAUGGUCACAAAAAGGCAUUCCACGAGAUCCACGGGGCCAGAUCUGUUAACGGAGUGCCUGUUCCAUCUGACCAAUUAGAGGAUAUGGCAGAGAGGUUUAAUUUUGUUGUCUCUUCAUCUGAGCUCCAUCUGCUGAAGAUGGAGUUUCUGGAACUGAAGUACCGUCUACUGUCAUUAUUGGUCCUUGCAGAAUCAAAGUUAAAGUCAUGGAUUAUCAAAUACGGAAGGAGAGAGUCAGUGGAACUACUGCUUCAAAAUUAUAUUUCUGUUAUUGAAAACAGUAAGUUCUUUGAGCAGUAUGAAGUUACUUACCAGAUCUUGAAAAGAGCAGCUGAAAUGUACGCCAAAGCAAAUGGCUCAGUGGAAGAAGUUGAGAAUGUGAUGAAAUUCAUGAAUGACACAACAGCGCAGUGGAGGAACCUCUCGGUGGAGGUGAGAAGUGUAAGAAGCAUGUUGGAAGAAGUAAUUGCUAAUUGGGACAGGUACAGCAGCACUGUGGCAGGUCUGCAAGCAUGGCUGGAAGAUGCUGAAAAAAUGCUGAAUCAGCCUGAACAUUCUAAAAAGGAUUUCUUCCGGCACUUACCUCAUUGGAUCCAACAGCACACAGCCAUGAAUGAUGCUGGUAAUUUUCUAAUUGAAACAUGUGAUGAGACUAUUUCCAGAGACCUUAAACAGCAGCUUCUGUUACUAAAUGGAAGAUGGAGAGAAUUGUUUAUGGAAGUUAAGCAGUAUGCUCGAGCAGAUGAACUGGACAAAAUGAGGAAGGAAUACUUGGAUGGUGUUGCUCAUUUGACUGCUUUUAUUGAUGGGAGCAACAGGAAAUUUGCAGUCCCUGUAGAAGUGUCUUUCCUUGAUGUCAAAAUGUUCGUACAAGAUCUUGAAAAUAUUAAGCAGAAAUUGCCUGCGAUGGAAGCUCAGUACAAAAUGGUAACAAGAACAGCCCAACUUGUUACAAAAGAAGUUCCCCAAGAGGAAGUGAAUGAAAUGCUUGGAACUUUGACAAGGAUCAAAGAGCAGCUGAGCAAGGUUAAGGACUGUUCCUGUACCCUGCUCUAUGAAUGCCAGCAUCUGCUGCCUCCCCUGGAAGAACUGGAGAAACAAAUCACACAUUUUUAUGAAUCUCUCGAAAAAGUCAAUGAAAUCAUUUCGAUCCUGGAUCCUGAAGCACAACCUACAACUGUUCUUAAACAAAAAGCCCAAGAUUUGGUAGCUUAUCAAGAAAACUGCAAGAAAGAUUUGUCCCUGAUUGAGAGAAAUAGUCAGAGUAUCCUGGAGCGUGUGGCUUCGAGUGAAGCGUUACAGUACUUCCAUCAGUCAACAUUUCAGAAGAAAGUUACACAAGUUCAGCUUACUUUUCAG